UCCUCGCCCGCCGGCCGCUACAGCUGUGCGCUCGGGUAAAGGCGUGUGCCCCCACAAGUCAGACACAGACUUUGGCUGACAACUGUUAAAGCUCGUUUGAGACUGAUCUUAGAGGAGUUCUCCAGCUGUGUUUAUUUGGGUUUUAUUGCGUUUUGUACUGUGUAAGGCAGCUACACCCAUACUUAGCUAGUUAGCUUGCCAAGACAUUUCAAAAGGAGUUAAGUGUGGUGUUAGGGAGUGGGUUGUGACCGUUUGGAAUGGCUGCUCCCCGGCCCAUAAAAGGUAUUUUGAAGAACAAAAACAGCGGUGCGAACGCCAAAGGUUGCCCCGAGGUUACAGCGGAAGACCCGGCAGCACCUGGUAACCUCGAAGACGAUCAACAGAAGAAGUCACAGAAAUGGGACGAAAUGAACAUCUUGGCCACAUAUCACCCAGCAGAUAAGGACUAUGGGCUGAUGAAGAUUGAUGAACCCAGUACGCCAUACAAUCGGAUGGUGGGCGAUGAGGACGAUGAAGAGGCACACAGUGAUUCAGAAGGGAAUGCAUCCCUCACCGUGGAUGCCCUAGCCAAAAAGCUGGCAGCAGCUGAAGGCACAGAACCACACUUUAUGAAAGAGGAAGAAGAAGAAAGCAGCGAAGAGGAGGAGGAGGAGCUGAGCCCAGAGCAGCAAGCCAAAAAAAAGCAGUUUCAGAUGUUGAGGAAAAUGCAUUAUAAUGAAGGUCUCAACAUUAAACUGGCCAGACAGCUGAUUGCCCGGGAGUUGGAGGAGGAAGAUGCGGACGAGGAAAUGAGGGAUGAGACAGAGACGGAGGAUAUUAACGUAGACCCACCUCAAGAUGCUCAUGCCUUGGCUCAAGCCCCAUUGGAAGGUUGCGUGCUGUUUCCCGAUCAUAGAGGACACUGUUUCAGGACCCCCUUGCCCCUAUGACCCCUCUGUAUUCUACAAGCACUGCAGUGCAAAACCACAUCAGCCAGCUGGUUUCUCCCCCUGUUGCCAGGAGUAUGUUGUCUUACUGUUGCUAUACAAAGAAACAAAAAGGCCUGAAGACUGUUAUUAAUCAGGCCUCUACCCUGAGUACCAGCCAAUGCCAGCCUGACAGCCGCCAUGUUCCAGAGGAGGCCUUCCGCACAGAGCUCCUGCUCCUCGGCACCUGGUCCAGGCUGUACCAAGAAGCCACUGCUUUCCCCAUCUAUUCUGCUCAGCCCUGGUAGGGCUACACCUACACCUGAAGACUGGCUUAAAAAAGUGAAAAAAACUGCUGUGCUAGAAAAGCUAGUAUACUCGCUACUGCACUAACCUGACCAACUGACUGUAGACCAUGGCAUCAGUAUAUUUAGAACCUAAACUGUAUACGUUCAUGGUGUACUGGAUCACAGAGAAACACUGCUUUAGGUUUUAGUGGCUUUAUUCACUACACUCUGGCACAUAGCCUGUAUGUUACUGUUGUCUUCAUUGUUAUUUGAGCUGGUUCUAUUUUGGCAUGAACCAUCCGGUAGAGGACACUUCCUACCAUAUGCCUCUCAUGUUAACAUCAGCACCAGCUGCAUUGGUGAGUGCUGCUAAGUGAAUCAGUAUUCUUUCUCAGAUCAGCCAGCUGAUGCUCCAUCUCUCUGAGGCUGUGCUGUAGAUCAGGGGUCUAACAGGUGGGGGGUUUUCCCCCUCAUGAGUCAUUUUAGUUGUUUCAAAGUUGUACACAUACAAAAAAUGCUCAGAAGUCCCAAGUUGUCAUUAAGUAAAGUUUAGAGGUUUGGAACUCUAAUGGUUGCUAACGAGGAUUUGGAACUGCUGGCCUGAAGUUUGGACCCAUGUUAAUAUUCAUAUGAGCUCUACUGUCUGGUUGGCUGGUUAAAACCUUGUUUUCUGUUUUAUUAGCACUAAUCAUCGCUAUGCCCAACAUAUAAAUUAAAUGGUAAUUGUUCAUAAUUUAUUACAAAUCAAAACUAUGUAAACUACUGAGGAGAUUGUGUGCUUUUGGUAUUGAUAUCAUCCAUUGCUUUUUCAAAAUCAAAUACAAUAAUAAAAAAAAACAAUGAAAAAAUGAUUGCUGGACUAAGCAAUCUUUUUGGUUUGUCUUGCCUAUUCCACUGCUUUACCCAUGGUUUUUACUUUUUGUUUUGAUUAGUGAUAUAUUUUGCACUCUGGAAUUUAUCACCAUUCUACCUGCAUAUUAAUACCAGAAAAAAAGGUGAUAACUUUUCAUUCACUGCUAAGGAUAGUGUACAGAUAGUCUUAUUUAUUAGUUUGAGGUUGGUUUUUUUUUCUAUAAUUCCUCACAAUAAUAUCGCUGCAUUAGGUUUUUAGUUAUUUGAGGUAUUUUGUUGCACUAUAGUCCCAAGUACUGACUCCUGAUGUCUGUUUAUACUGUGGUUCAAUAUUGAUAAACACAACAGGAAGAGCCUGUUUAUAAUCUGGCAUGUCAUUUUACCCCUUUUUAACCUGAUAUCCAAAACAAUCAACACAAUCUUUAGUGUCUAAUUUCGCACAUGCUGCCAGGAAUGUCAUGACCUUUUAUUAAGACACAGACAAAGCAUUUAAAUGUAUGUGCCUAGAGUACAAUUAAGUCACAAGCAGGUUUGCAGACUUUCCCCCACCUUGCAAUAAAAAAGAAAAAAACAGUGCUGGUCACUUAAAACUGAGAAUCAGACACAUUAAGGUCUAAAUCCCAUGGGAUUGCUGUUGCUCAUUACUGAAGUUAAAAUAUUUCACCAUGCAAAAUUUCUGUUUAAAUUUAAAGUAAUGACUUGUUUUUGCAAAAGAAACAAGGAACAUAUUUGCUGAUUGCAAAAUGAGUUUUUACAGCAAAUGAAAGCCUUGUGGUAUUGAUCCACUCUCUACACACUGGAUAUGGUGGUCGUAUUACUAGGCAUGUGCUGUAAAACCUGAUGAAGAAUUCUCUGUAAAUUUGUAAAUGCUCAUACCCAUAUUCUAUAUUUUUAUGAUGUGUUGUACAUUGCCUGCCUCUUUUUUAACUUAAUUUUUCUUCUUUUUGUUGUAUUCUGGUAUUUGUGUUCUUUAAUACUUUCCCCCACAAAAUUAUAAGGAUAAUUGCUGCAUUGUUUUAAUCUAGUACAUGUACAUGCUCUACACCUUAAAAUGUGUAUAUUUGUCAUUAUUAAAAUAUGUUUAAAUAG